CACUGUGCUGCAGCAGGUGGUAAUGAAGCUAUAAUUGAGACUUUGCUAUCUUCUGGAUUAGACAUAGAUUCAAGGGAUAAUGAUGGUACAACACCCUCAAUGGUGGCAGCUGCCAAAGGGCAAGAGAAGACAGUAAACCUUCUUCUCAGCAAGGGAGCUGAUCCACACAUUAAAAACUUCAUAGGAUUAAAUCUGCUUCAUGCGGCAGCUGAAGGUGGCAACACUUCCAUUGUGAGAAGCAUGCUUUCUUUUGACAUUGACAUUAAUUCAAAAGAUGAUGAAUCUUCAACCACCCCAUUGAUGAUUGCUGUCAUGGAAAACCAUGUUGAAGUUGUGAAAUAUCUUCUUCAAAAGGGUGCAGAUAUAUCUUUGACAGUAGGAUCUGAAAAGAGGAAUGCUUUACACACUGCAUCAGAGCAUGGAAGUAUUGCAGCAAUUGAGUUAUUGCUCUCUCGUGGUUUAAGUGUUAAUUGAGAGAUGGGCAGGGAAACACACCAUUAAUGUGUGCAGCAGCUUUUGGACAGAUAGAGUCUGUAAAUUGUCUUCUUAAACACGGAGCAGAUCCAUCACUGAAAGGGAAAGGUGGAUGGAGCCUUCUUCAUUGUGCUGCUCAGUCUGGCAAUGUCAUCAUUAUUGAGACCAUGCUUUCUAAAGGUCUUGAUAUUGAUUCCAGAGGUGAAACUCUGGGUUUAACCCCUGUGAUGGUUUCCAUAAUCUUUGAAAAAUUGGAGGCAGCAAAAUAUCUGCUUGAGAAGGGUGCUGAUGAAAGUUUGAAA